AUUGAUAACAUGCCUAGGACUGGCUAUUCAUGGACUUCGAAGCAAUUUUUCUGGGCUCUAUUUAUAUAUUCGAUGGAAACUGUGAUUGUGUUUACUUUUCACGCAUUUCCUGCUGCCAGUGGCUUCGUGGCGACAUGGAUCUCAGGUGGCCAUAUUCAAAAAUAUGUGGACAAAUUAUCAGUUGAAGUUUUUAAAAGUCACCGGGACGGCAAUAGUGUUUCCGAAUUUGUAUCCAUUGACAUGGGGCCUGUGCAUAUUUUCGUGGACUUUGAGUAUUGGAGUGAAUUUGUCUCAAUAUUAUUUGCAACCCGACUUUGAAUUAUGGUACACCGUGGCUUAUUAUCCGAUAAUCGCCAUGUUAAAUGGAUUUUGUAGUUUGUGGUAUAUCAAUUGCAAUGCUUUUGGCACUGCCAGCAAGGCUUUAGCUGGAUUUCUUCAAGAAACCUUACAACGAGAAAAACCUGCACAGAAACUCACAGAAUAUAGACACCUUUGGAUGGACUUGAGCCACAUGAUGCAGCAACUUGGUCGUGCUUAUUCGAACAUGUAUGGAAUUUAUUGCUUAGUUAUUUUUUUCACAACUAUCAUUGCAACUUAUGGAUCGCUAAGUGAAAUUAUUGAUCAUGGCGCGACCUACAAAGAAGUUGGUCUUUUCGUUAUAGUUUUCUAUUGUAUGGGAUUGUUGUACAUAAUUUGCAAUGAAGCUCAUCAUGCCUCACUCAGAGUUGGCCUUGAUUUCCAAACAAAACUUUUGAAUGUGAAUUUAACAGCUGUCGACGGAGCAACCCAGAAAGAAGUCGAAAUGUUUUUGGUGGCCAUAUCAAAGAAUCCUCCAAUAAUGAAUUUAGACGGAUAUGCAAACAUUAAUCGGGAGUUAAUUACAUCGAAUGUUUCAUUUAUGGCAACUUAUUUGGUCGUACUUCUACAAUUCAAGAUAACUGAACAACGAGGUUUGAAAGUCCAGCAGGGGUAGAUUGCUGAAAAUGUAUUAUAUUAUAACUGAUAUGAGCGACAUCUUAUGUGUUUUUAUUUUUAAAGAAAAGAAAUCGAUUUCUGUAGAAAAUUUUAUUUCUUAACAAGCAAGUACAAAAACCAUAUUAAAUACACGAACCAUAACUUACAUUUAA